AUGCCAAUGCCUAUAGCAGAGAUAUUUAUCUCUGGCUUCGUCAAAUUGCUGUUUGAGAAUAUAACCUCUUUGGCGUCCUCCAAAUUACCCACGUUUGAAGGUAUUGGGGCCCAGCUGACCAAUUGGACCAAUAUGCUGUCUCAAAUUGAAGUUCUUCUGAUUGACGCCGAGGACAAGCAACUGACUGAUCGAGCCGUGAACCUGUGGCUCGACGAUCUCCAGGAUCUGGCAUAUGAUUUGGAUGAUUUAGUGGAUGAGUUUGCCACCGAAGCUUUGCGACAGAAUCUCAAGGCAAAGCCACCCCAAGCUAGUUCCAGCAAGGUAUGGAAUCUCAUCCCUAAUUUCAAGCCAAAAGAUGUCAUCUUUAACUUCAAAAUGAGGUCCAAGAUUGAGGAGAUCAAUACCAGAUUACGCACUAGUUUUGAUCGAUCUUCGCAACUUAAUUUCGUUAAGAUUGUUGGAACCACCACACCUACCACUAAGACUUGGCAAAGACCAGAGUCUACAUCGUUACUAAAAGAACCUCGCGUUUAUGGAAGAGAAAAGGAUCAAAGAAAGAUAAUUGAGUUGCUUGUAGGUGCGGGUGAAUCAAGUCAUAACAAAGUUGAUGUAAUUCCCAUUGUGGGUAUGGGUGGGAUCGGCAAGACCACCCUGGCUCAGAUGGUAUUCAACGAUGAAACUGUAAAGAACCAUUUCGAUCUGAAUGCUUGGGUGUGUGUAUCAGAUGAGUUUGAACUUAUGAAAAUAACAAAAGCAAUUUAUGAUUCAGUGACUUCCCAGACAUGUAGUUUUAAUAACUUGGAUCAAGCUCAAGUUCAACUAGCUUAUUAA